GCUGUGCAAGUUGAGAUUGAUCAUUUUGAUUCUUUCUUUAUAUAUCGAACUCACCACCCUUCGACGCAUCAUUUCUUCUUCAAUCUCCCAUUUGUUCGGCCUUUUGAGUUUCUCAGAUCGAUCCAUGGCGGAGAGGCACUUCAAGUACGUGAUUCUCGGCGGCGGUGUUGCGGCGGGAUACGCGGCUCGGGAGUUUGCGAAACUUGGUCUCAACCCGGGAGAGUUGGCAAUCAUAUCGAAAGAGGCGGUAGCACCUUAUGAACGGCCAGCGCUCAGCAAAGGCUACCUUUUCCCUCAAGGUGCUGCAAGACUGCCUGGGUUUUAUGUCUGUGUCGGCAGUGGCGGUGAAAGACUCCUUCCGGAAUGGUACACUGAGAAAGGCAUAGAACUUAUACUUGGCACAGAAAUUGAAAAAGCUGAUCUAGGAUCCAAGUCUCUUAUUAGUACAGCCGGUGAAAUCUUCAAGUAUGAUACUCUUAUUAUUUCUACCGGAUCCACAGUUGUAAAACUGUCUGAUUUUGGCGUCCAAGGGGCAGAUGCAAAAAACAUAUUCUACUUGAGAGAGAUUGAGGAUGCUGAUAAUCUUGUUGCUGCUAUCCAAGCAAAGAAAGAUGGAAAGGCUGUAAUUGUUGGUGGAGGAUAUAUUGGUCUUGAACUUGGUGCAGCAUUGAAGGUCAAUAACUUAGAUGUUACUAUGGUCUACCCUGAACCUUGGUGCAUGCCAAGAUUAUUCACUGCAGGAAUUGCUGCUUUUUAUGAAGGAUAUUAUGCCAAUAAAGGGAUCAAAAUAGUCAAAGGAACUGUGGCUGUUGGAUUUGAUUCUGAUACAAAUGGAGAGGUUACUGCUGUAAGGUUGAAGGAUGGUAGAGUACUGGAAGCUGAUAUUGUUGUUGUUGGGGUUGGUGGAAGGCCACUCAUUAGUCUCUUUAAGGGACAGCUAGAAGAGGAGAAAGGUGGAAUUAAGACUGAUAGUUUCUUUAGAACAAGUAUUCCUGAUGUCUAUGCUGUGGGAGAUGUGGCUACCUUCCCCUUGAAGCUCUUUGGUGAACAAAGGAGAGUGGAACAUGUGGAUCAUGCUCGGAAAUCAGCUGAGCAGGCUGUGAAGGCAAUCAGGUCAGCAGAACAAGACGCGCCGAUAGAGGAAUAUGACUACCUACCAUACUUCUACUCUCGCGCAUUUGAUCUGUCGUGGCAAUUCUAUGGAGACAAUGUUGGGGAUACAGUCCUGUUUGGAGACAACGACCCAACCUCCACGAGCCCAAAGUUUGGUACUUACUGGAUCAAAGAUGGGAAGGUGGUGGGUGUGUUCCUUGAACAUGGAACUCCGGAGGAGAACAGUUUGAUAGCCAAGGUAGCUAGGCUCCAACCAGCAGUGCAAGACAUUCAACAGCUUGAAAAGCAAGGACUUGCAUUUGCUAGUGACAUCUAAGUUGGUGCUGAAGUCCUAAAGAAGAUUGGAAAUUGAUGACAGUUUAUUGUUAUCUACAAGUAUGGAAAUGCUUUGUUCAUGAAUAACUUAGCUUGGUGGGUGUUUGGAUGUGAGAGAACAAAGGUUGAUAAGAAUCGUCGUUCAAACUGGUGCUCCUUUUUUUUCAUCAAUAAAAAUUUAUCCUUCCCCAGUGUAUUUAAAAAAAUUAACUUAUUUACAGGAAGUUGGCACUAA